AUGACCACUUCCAAUACUGCCUUGCGGCUUCAACAGUCUCCUACCUAUGCUGUUAUCGCUCCUCACCUUCGGUCUACAUGGCUAAAGCACUGCUUGCAGCAAGAAGAAGCGUGGCUUGACAUGCCGACGACUGGGGAGGUGUUUAAGACAGCGGAAGACUGUCUUCGGAGACUUAAUACGUAUGGUUUCGCUGCCGGGUGUCUCUUCGUGACAUUUCGCUCAGUUAAGGGUGUCUCUGCGACUUAUAAGUGCUCUCAUCACUCCCAGACUACUGCAAAUAAGCGGGGGCUAAAUCCUCGAGUUUUAAGAGCGACAGACUCUGGCAAGGUUAUCAGCAAUCGUCAGAGGGAUCGAAAUGAUGCCAGAUAUGGGUGCGAGUUGGCCUACUUUGUAUCUUUUCGUAAGAUGAAUAGGCACGACAAUGAGAAGCGGUGGAUUGGGAGAUGGGUCCACGAUACUCACACAGGCCAUCAAUUUCCAAUAUCUCCAUUCGCCUAUGGCGUCCACAGGCAGUCUAUCGAUGACUAUAAGGCGCUACUCACUGUUGCCCGCGACUAUAGGACUCAGGGUUUAGCCUAUUCUGAUGCUCGGAAGCUACUAAAAGAAGAGGCAACAGGGUUGGUGAUCAAAAAGAGAGAUUACUAUAAUUUGGUCAGACUAUGCCCCCAGGACAUCAAAGACAAUGAAGACACGAUCACCGCAUUGCUUCGAGCGCUAGAAGACCGCGGUUUUAAGUAUCGACUACGUACAGAAGAGACAAUUGAAGACGGAAUCGUUGUCGCCCGCAAACUGGUCCAAAUCUUCUUCUACUGCGAGCAGGCAGUGCCUUUCGCCCAGCGAUUUACCUCCAAUGCGGUGCUCAUUGUUGAUGGCACCUUCAGAACCAAUAAGCUAAAAUUUCCCUUGCUCGUCGCUGUUGGUAAGACCAAUACAAAUAGGACGAUGCCAGUGGCCUUCUCAUACACCCCUAGCGAGUCUGCUGAGUCAUUUACCUUCUUCUUUGACUGUAUGCGUACGGAAUUCUACUAUGAUUGUGUCUGUGAGCCUGCGUCAAAACUUCAGAUUUGCACCUGGCACGUUCAAACCGCCAUGAUUCGUUGGCUCGGUGACCAUCAGUAUACAAGAGAGGAUAUCGAUGGCGACGAACAUAAGGGACUAGCUGGAUUAAGACAACUAAUCAAGAACUAUGUCUAUUCAUAUACAUUUGACGAACUUGAGACAAACAGAACACUACUAAUUAUUUCUCUACAGCCAGAAGAUCGUCACUACAUCGUGGAUAACUGGCAGAUGAAGGAGUCUCGAUUUGUCGUCGCUUAUACUAAGCAAUAUACCAACCUUGGAUGUCGAGCAAGCCAGACAGCUGAGUCUCAGAAUAGGCUCAUCCAUCAGGUUACCCACGGUCACAUGAGUAUUGCAGCAUCGGCCGCAGGUAUCGCUGACUGGAAUCGAGACUUCUAUAAUGAAAUGACUGAAGAGGAGCAUUGCUCGAUGACAGAGAAAGCUGUGCGUAUUGAUCGACACGCAUUCAAACUUCUCACUGGCACAGUCAGCUCAUACGCAAUAUCCUUAAUAGAUGAGCAGUGGACUAAGCUCAAGAGGCUUGCUGGCGACGGUGAGAAUAUAGAAUCUCGGCCUUGUCGAUGUGUUAUGCGACAGCAGUGGCUUUUGCCCUGCUAUCACGAUCUCUGGAAGGCAUACGAGACUGGAAUACCUCUACCCAGGUCACUCGUUCAUCCCAGAUAUUGGCUCGCUGGCCAUGUGCAUAGACCUCGAGAAUGGGCGCCGUCAUAUGAGUCAAUCACACAGCUUAUUAUCUCACCAAAGCGAGCCAGGCUAGAAAGCGCGCUUCAGAAGCUCGUACAGCUACGCGACGGGUUCGACGGUGAGGAAAGGAGCAGAUUCGAGCAGCAACUACUUGCCCUGGCGGGAAAAGGGGAGACGAUCGCCUCUAAUCGUAGGGCAAUGGCGGCGAUUCCCAUAUCUGCACCGGAAGCACUACCAAACCGACGGGCAAUUGGUCGACGAGAAGCCACAAGAACCGGACGACUGCUUACAGCCUUAGAACAAUAG